UUCUGGGGUGAUUGACUGACUGACUCUCAGUCGGACGGGCCGUCGUGUGUGCAGCUGAUCCAGGAAAGGCUAGAAUCAAAAAGUCUACGCUGGUGUAACUACUCUUCUUUCCUUCCCCCCGCCUCUUCUUGUCUCUCUCUUUUCCUUCCCCUCCCCCCCCCCCUUCUCUUUAUGAGAAUGGCCGACGAUAAUCUUGCUCGCCAGCCAAAUCGGAGCUUGGACGCUCUUGAGAAUUACAACUUUCUGGCUCGUCACGAACCAGCGAUCGCGCGUAGUCGACACUACUCGUUCGACGCCGACGCCAGCGGCCUGGCCCCCUUUACUGCUGCGACCGCUGCAAGUCUCGGCAUGGACUACGACCAAACUGAGGGCCUCGGUGGCCUCUCCGUCAGCUCCUAUGAUAGUAUCGAGGAUGAGCGCGGCUCGAUUGAUCUGCGAGGGUACCCGUAUCAUGGGGAUAAAUCGAUCAACUAUUCCAUUCCAGACCAGAUGCUCUCAUAUUCAGCACACUACCCGCCCGUACCCUUUGGUGACGAGCUGGGUCACGCGCCAGGCAUGUCGACGCCCUCAGACGUCUCGUCAUCCAUCUCGCCGCCCAACGGCAUCAUCGGCAACACCAAGUACAGCACCGCCAUCUCGGGCGACCGCAUCGCCUCGGCCCUCAACCAAGAAGAGCACACCCGCCUCGCGGCGGAAGAGGACCGCCGCCGCCGCAACACAGCGGCCAGCGCCCGGUUCCGUAUGAAGAAGAAGCAGCGCGAGCAGACGCUCGAACGCACCGUUCGCGAGACCACAGAGAAGAACGCCACCCUCGAGGCCCGCGUCGCCCAGCUCGAGAUGGAGAACCGCUGGCUCAAAAACCUCCUGACGGAGAAGCACGAAGCCUCCUCGGUACGCACCAUGGCACCCCCGCCAGAUGACCCCGCUGCCCUCGUCUCAAGGACAACCAGCCUUGCUGGCUCUGGCCAAAAACAUAUCCAACCGAAAAAGAAGGGUGUCGGUACCGACCAGUAGAAUUGCAUUUUUCUUUUUACCUCUUCCUUUCUUUCUAUAUACUGUCUUCUCUCCUUUUCUAUAUACUGUCUUUUCUGUUUAUUUUUCCCCCCUCUGCUCUAUCCUGUCUGUUCACUUUCCUCGUGUCGUGGCACUGCUGGACGGAACACAUGACGAUGUAAUGACGGCCUUUACUUAUUUCCUCCCUUUGGGAUAUACUCGGUACAUCAGCUUAUCUGCUGCAUUUUCGCCGGUAUCAAUGUUCUUUGGCGUUUGCGGAGUGUAUGUGUGUGUGUGUGUGUGUGUGUGGAAGGUAAACCACUUACUGGGUGGACUCUACAUUCUAGGUAUAGUUUUAUGUACCUAGGUAUAUACGUGAACAGGAUUGUACUUUGGGCAUUACCAGUGGA